AUGUUAAUUAAAGAAAAAAAUCUAAUUAUACGUCUUACUGAUAAAGGUCAUAAUUUUUAUAUUGGUUCAGCAACUGAAUUUGAAAAAAAAGCACGAAAAUUUUUCUCUGAUACAAAUGCUUUUAUAGAAUUAUCUGACAAUUCAUUUAAUGAUAUCACAAAUAAAGUCAUUCAAUUACUUAAUAGACUUCGUGAACAAAAUCUUAUUCGCAAGUGGCAAUAUGAACAAAUGAUGCCUGAUCGAACUAAAUGUGAAUUAGCGCAUUUAUAUUUUAAUCCAAAAACACAUAAAGAUAAUAUACCCGUUCGACCGAUUGAAAAUACUAUUCAUGCUCCAACAACAAAUAUUUCAAAAUUUUUAGAUCAAAUAUUACAACCUAUAUUCAAUGAUAAAUGUAAAGAAACAAAUAUUAUUGAUGGUGCUUCUCUAAUUGAAGAACUUCAUAAAUAUAUUCGAAAAGGUCUCUUUAAAUCAUCAACUCUGUUUUGUACAUUUGAUAUUCAUAAUUUAUAUACAAUGUUACCACAAGAAGAAUCAAUUAAAAUACUUAGCGAAUUUCUCCAAGUACAUGGAUAUACAAAAGUCAAAGGGAUUGAUCUGACUACAAUAAAAACAUUAGCAUCAAUUGUACUACAAGAAAAUGUUUUUGUCUAUGAUAAAAAAAUUUAUAAACAAACAACUGGUGGAGCAAUGGGUUCAUCCUUUACAUUAACUCUAGCGAAUAUUUUUAUGUGGAAAUGGCAAAAAGAAUUUGUUCGUCAACAAAAUAUAACAAAUGAAUUUUAUGGCAGAUAUAUUGACGAUGUUUUUAUGACAUGGAAUCGAUCUAAGAGAGAAUUACGAAAAUUAUUAGAUGAUGCAAAUCAAUGGCAUCUAAAUAUCAAGUUAGAUUAUAAAAUUGAUAAAAGUCUUCCUUUUCUCGAUGUACUUCUUACCAAUAAUAAUGGUAUUUUAUCAACAUCUGUCUAUCAUAAACCAGCAGCUGAACCAUAUGUUACACCUUUUUUGUCUGAUCAUCCUCGUCAUGUCUUUAAAAAUAUUAUACAAAAUGCACUUACAAAGGCUGUUCGAUAUUCAUCUACAUAUCAAGUUUUUCAACAUGAACAACGUCUCAUUAGAUUAAUGUUAUUAUUUAAUGGUUAUUCAUCUUCAUUUAUUGACAAACAAUUUGACAAAUUCUUCGUCGAAAAUAUGUCUUCAACAACAUCAUUUUUAUCCAUUAGUACAGAUGAAAAACAAUUUAAACGAAUACGUGAAAAUUUUCUAAGAAAACCAACACAACAACAGUCACAAGUCGCUUUAAGUGUUGCUACAGCCGAUCUUCAAAAUGAUGCUACAGACAAAAACUUACUUCAAAGAACAAACAUAGCCAAUGAACCAGAGAAACAAGAUACUAAAUUUGAGAAAAAAAUAAUUGUUCACUAUACACAUGAAAAGCGUCUCCAUUCUUUUAAACGUUAUAUGCAUCAAAUACUCGAUCACACAUUUCAGAAGGAAAUAGACCAAGAUAUUAAACUUAUUGUUGGUAAUCGAAAUCGUCGCGAUGCCGCAAAGGAACUCAUACGUAAACGGCCUAAACAAUCAUUAUUAAAGAAUAAAAUUCCAAAAAGUAAGUUCAUUUCCUUUACCAAUUGA